AUGCGGCCGGCGGGAGCCGCGGCCGGCUUGGGGUCGCCGGCGCGGGAUCUGUCGCUGUGCGGGGAGCUGCCGCAGGCCCCGCCGCCCCUGACCUCGUCGCCGCCGACGGCCGCGCCCUCGGGGCCGCCGCUCCCCACGGCAGCCGGCGCGACCCUCAGCCGCCUUCCGGAGCCGCUGCUGCGGAGGCUCAGCGGGAGCUUGGACCGAGCGCCCGAGGGCCGGGGAUGGAGGAGACUGGCCGAGGUGGCGGGGAGUCGGGGGCGCCUCCGGCUCAGUUGUCUCGACUUGGAGCAGUGCUCUCUCAAGGUCCUGGAGCCGGAAGGCAGCCCCAGCCUGUGUUUACUGAAGCUGCUGGCUGAGAAGGGCUGUACGGUCGUGGAGCUGAGCGACUUUCUGCAGGCCAUGGAGCACACCGAGGUCCUUCAGCUUCUCAGCCCCCCAGGAAUAAAGAUCACUGUAAACCCCGAAUCCAAGGCAGUCUUGGCGGGACAGUUUGUGAAGCUGUGUUGCCGGGCAACUGGACAUCCUUUUGUACAAUAUCAAUGGUUCAAAAUGAAUAAAGAGAUUCCAAAUGGAAAUGCAUCUGAACUUGUUUUUAACACAGUGCAUGUAAAAGAUGCAGGCUUUUAUGUCUGUCGAGUUAAUAAUAAUUUCACCUUUGAAUUUAGCCAGUGGUCACAGCUGGAUGUUUGCGAUGUCACAGAAGUAACAGAAAGCUUCCGGAGUAAUUGGGAUGGCAUCUCUGAAUCCAAGUUGCAAAUCUGUGUUGAACCAAAGUCCCAAAAACUGAUGCCUGGCAGCACGUUGAUCUUACAGUGUGUGGCUGUUGGAAGCCCCAUUCCUCAGUACCAGUGGUUCAAGAAUGAAUCCCGAUUAACACACGAGACAAAAAAGCUAUACAUGGUACCUUAUGUGGAUUUGGAGCAUCAAGGAACCUACUGGUGUCGUGUAUAUAAUGAUCGAGAGAGUCAAGACAGCAAGAAAGCAGACGUCAUCGUAGGAAGAACAGAUGAGGCAGUGGAAUGCACUGAAGAUGAAUUAACUAAUCUUGGGCAUCCUGAUAAUCAAGAGCAUACAGUUGACCAACCUUUGGCAAAAGACAAGGUUGCUCUUUUGAUAGGAAAUAUGAAUUAUUGGGAGCAUCCCAAGCUUAAAGCUCCUUUGGUGGAUGUGUAUGAACUGACCAACUUGUUAAGACAGCUAGAUUUCAAAGUCGUUUCACUGUUGGAUCUUACUGAAUAUGAGAUGCGUAACGCUGUGGAUGAAUUUUUACUGCUUUUAGACAAAGGAGUCUAUGGGCUGUUGUAUUACGCAGGACAUGGAUAUGAAAACUUCGGGAACAGUUUUAUGGUCCCUGUGGAUGCUCCAAAUCCAUAUAGGUCUGAAAACUGUCUGUGUGUACAGAAUAUCCUGAAACUGAUGCAAGAAAAGGAGACUGGACUCAACGUGUUCCUGCUGGACAUGUGCAGGAAGAGAAAUGACUAUGACGAUACCAUCCCAAUCCUGGAUGCCCUGAGAGUCACCGCCAAUAUCGUCUUUGGAUACGCCACGUGUCAAGGAGCAGAAGCUUUUGAAAUACAGCAUUCUGGAUUAGCAAAUGGAAUCUUCAUGAAGUUUUUAAAGGAUAGGUUAUUAGAAGAAAAGAAAAUUACUGUGUUACUGGAUGAAGUUGCAGAAGAUAUGGGUAAAUGUCACCUUACCAAAGGCAAGCAGGCGCUAGAGAUUCGAAGUAGCUUAUCUGAAAAGAGAGCCCUUACUGACCCAAUCCAGGGAACAGCACACUCCGCAGAGUCUCUGGUGCGAAACCUCCAGUGGGCCAAGGCGCAUGAGCUUCCAGAAAGUAUGUGUCUUAAAUUUCAGUGUGGUGUUCAGAUUCAACUGGGGUUUGCAGCCGAGUUUUCCAACGUCAUGAUAAUCUAUACGAGUAUAGUGCACAAACCGCCUGAUAUAUUAAUGUGUGAUGCCUAUGUUACCGACUUUCCACUUGACCUAGAUAUUGAUCCCAAAGAUGCAAAUAAAGGGACCCCCGAAGAGACUGGCAGCUAUUUAGUAUCAAAGGAGCUUCCCAAGCACUGCCUAUACACGAGACUCAGCUCACUGCAGAAAUUAAAGGAACAUCUGGUCUUCACGGUCUGCCUGUCGUAUCAGUACUCGGGACUGGAAGACACCGUAGAGGAAAAGCGGGAGGUAAAUGUUGGAAAGCCGCUCAUCGCAAAACUCGACAUCCACCGGGGCUCAGGGAGCAAGACGCGCUUCCAGACUUGCGUCAUGUGUGACGGCCCCUACCACAGCCCUGCCGCCGGCUCCGCGGGGGCAGCCCGCUACCGCCCGCCUCGGGACUCCUUCUCCGGCACUUACCACUCGCAUCUCAGCAGCUCGAGCAACGUGCUGCCAUCAGGUGGCUGUCGCUGCAGCCGGACUGCGGACGCCUUCAUUUCAAGCCAUCGCAGCCACCAUUACUCAUGUCAGUUUGGCAGAAGCAACGUGCCAGUAGAGACGACUGAUGAAAUACCGUUCACUUUCUCUGAUGGCCUCAGAAUUUCUGAAAAGUGA